CCAGAGGGUAUAAAACAGCGCUGGAGGCCGGGAGAAGCAGACUGGCCGAGUCCACGCAGCCGCUGCCAGACACACCAUGAGAGCCCUCGUGCUCCUCGCCCUGCUGGCCCUGGCCACGCUCUGCCUCGCUGGUCUGGCAGAUGCAAAGCCCGGUGAUGCAGAGUCCGGCAAAGGCGCAGCCUUCGUGUCCAAGCAGGAGGGCAGCGAGGUGGUGAAGAGACUCAGGCGCUACCUGGAUCCUGGGUUGGGACACACUAGAGGUGUCAAUCCUAGUGAAGGGACAGGUGAUGAAGACUCAAGAGGCUGGUUUCAAGAUUCACCCUCAUCUCUCCUGUGAGGAGGCUUCUCCUUGAUUCAGAGGACCCAGCUGAAGACCACCAACCGCCCCCAGGCUGUCACCUUCAAAACAGUUAACCCUUGAACAUGGGUGUGAACUGCAUUUAUAAACAAUUUUUCACUAAAUAUGUACUCAGUGCAACAUGGCCCAUGUUUGAAUCAUGGGUGUGAAACUGAAUACAAAAAGCCAACAGGA